UGUGUGUUUUUCAGGGGUCAUGCCGUGCGUCCAGACCCAGUGCAGCUCCUCGCCGCAAGGCGCCAGCCCCGCGUCUCAGAGCGCCAGCGCGGAGUGCAGCUGCGACUUCCUCACGCCGGAGUUUGUUAAGUUCAGCAUGGACCUGACGAACAGCGAGCUCUCGGCUGCCUCAUCCGGACCCGGUUUCGGCAACUCCGCGGACGGCUACGGCGCCGGCUAUGACGCGAAGCCGCCGUGCGUCUUCCAGAUGCCCGCGGUCCAGGCAGAGCUGCCGUGCGUCAAAGUGGAGGAUGCGCACGGAUGUCCGCGCUAUCAGAACCCCCUGCACUCCUCGGAUGACUUGCUCUCCUCCCAGAGCUCCGUGUAUUACUACCGCGCCCCCUCGCCGCACGGCUUCCACCCGCCACAUGGACACAUCUGGGAGGAUUCCGGCUCUCUGUACAAAAACGCGCUUUCCAGGUUUUCCCUGUUUUCUCUGAAGCACACGCCGCACGGUACCCAGAGCUUCCCCACCUGCCAGGUGAAAUUUGACGUCUCCAUGAACUUGGACGCGGGCGGAUGCGGGUCGCACCACCACCAACAAGGGAAAGCCCUCGGAAUGGGCUUCCCUCGCCCCCUCCAGUUCUCCCACAGCCACCACUUUAUGGAAUACCAGAGCUCUGCCGGAGCCGCGCGAGGAGCGCUGAGCUCGGAGGGGCUGUGCGCGGUGUGCGGGGACAACGCAGCCUGUCAACACUAUGGAGUCCGCACCUGCGAGGGCUGCAAGGGCUUCUUCAAGCGAACAGUGCAAAAAAAUGCCAAAUAUGUGUGCCUGGCUGCAAAAAGCUGCCCUGUGGACAAGCGACGGAGGAACCGAUGCCAGUAUUGUCGCUUCCAGAAAUGCCUGGCGGUGGGAAUGGUCAAAGAAGUGGUGAGGACAGACGGUCUUAAAGGCAGAAGAGGUCGUCUGCCAUCCAAACCUCGAGCUUUGCCAGACACGUUUUUACAUGGCAGCACCCUUCUGAGUGCUGUGGUUAGGGCACAUAUAGAGUCAAAUCCUCCAGCAUCUCGCCUGGACUACUCCAAAUUCAAGGAGAGUCCAGAGGACCUACUGGGUGACGAUGCUCAACACGUCCGACAGUUCUACGACCUCUUGAUGAGAUCGAUGGAAGUCAUUCGGAGUUGGGCGCAGAGGACCCCAGGUUUUGCCACCCUACCUAAACACGACCAAGACCUCCUCUUCUAUUCAGCCUUCCUGGAGCUGUUCGUCUUGCGGCUGUCGUACAGAUCCAACCCAGAGGAGGGGAAGCUGAUCUUCUGUGAUGGGUCGGUGUGGCAUCGGCUACAGUGCCUCCGAGGCUUCGGGGAGUGGAUUGACAGCAUUGUUGAGUUCUCCGCCAACCUGCAGAGGAUGAACCUGGAUGUUUCCACCUUCUCCUGCAUCUGUACCCUGGCUUUACUCACUGAGCGCCACGGGCUGAAGGAGCCAAAGCAGGUCGAGGAGCUGCAGAACAACGUGGUCAGGUGCUUAAAAGACAACGAAGCCGCCAGUCCAGACGGAGGCGGCCCGAACCGCUGGUCCAACCACCUGUCCAAACUUCUGGAGAAACUGCCAGAACUUCGCACUUUGUGCAUCCAAGGCCUGCAGAGGAUUUUCUACCUGAAGCUGGAGGACCUGGUGCCGCCGCCUGCUGUGAUAGAUAAGUUAUUCCUGGACACGCUACCAUUUUAGACCUUUUUUUUUUUUCUUUUCCUUUUAAAAAAAAAAAAAAAAAAAAUAAAGGCCUUUGACUUCUUCCUUCCGAAAUCAUCAGUGAUCCCUGGCAGUCGGAAGUCUUUGCUUAGCAUGAAUAUGGUUUAAGAAUUUCAUUUCAACUUGCUGGGUGAGUAUUUGGGCCAAACAAUUUGCACAAAGCUGAUGAGUUUUGGCCGCAGGAAAUUUGCAACUCUUCAUACAGUAAUUGUAAAGUGAGCACAUCUACAUGUGUGAACACAUUUUCCUGCCUGUUCAGCUUGUAUAAAAGCAUUUUGAUACAAAACAAAAGCUUCUUUUUUCAUGCUUCUAUUUAUUAGUGAAUUGUUAAGUAAUAUUAGAUACAAAAUGGUUCGCUAUGUUCAGUCUGUCAGUCGUCUCCAUGAUUUAAUAAAAGACAAAGAUCACAUUAUGGGUUUCUUCUGAUUGACCUACUUUUAUUCAAACCUCAGUGUAUUUUAUUGAGAUUUCACAUGAGUGGAGCAUAAAUGUAAAGUGGGAGAUAAACAAUAAUGUUUUUUAAAAUAACAAGCGUCAUACUGUAGGAAGAUUUAAAAAAAAAUGUUCACUGCAAAACAGCUUGGCUAGAGUUUUUAAAUCCUGCCACAUAUUCUCAACUGGAUUUACGCCUGGACUUUGAUUAGGCCAUUUUAAAGCAUGAAAAUAUUGUGAUCUAAACUGUUCCAAUGGAACUGUGGCUGUUUU